ACAUGCAGCGGCGCCUCUUCCCACAUGGAAGGGCUCGAGAAGUUCCAGAGCCCCGGGAAGGGCCGGGGCCUGCGGGCGCUGCGCCGUUUCGUCAUUGGGGAGCUGCUCUUCUCUUGCCCGGCCUUCACUUGCGUGCUGACCGUCAACGAGAGGGGCAACCAUUGCGAAUGCUGCUUUGCCAGGAAAGAAGGUUUGUCUCGGUGUGGAAAAUGUAAGCAGGCUUUUUACUGCAAUGUAGAAUGCCAGAAACAAGAUUGGCCAUUGCACAAAUUGGAGUGUUCUGCCAUGUGCGUAUUUGGACAGAACUGGAAUCCCUCUGAGACAGUCAGACUCACAGCAAGGAUUCUUGCCAAGCAGAAAACACACCUGGAAAGGACUGAGUCAGAGAAAAUCCUUUCUAUAAAAGAAUUUGAAUCCCAUCUUGAUAAGCUUGACAAUGAAAAGAAGGAGCUGAUUCAAAAUGAUAUCUCUGCUCUUCACCACUUUUAUUCGAAGCACAUAGACUACCCUGACAAUCAAGCUCUGGAGGUACUUUUUGGACAGGUUAACUGCAAUGGCUUCACAAUUGAAGAUGAAGAACUUUCACAUUUGGGAUCAGCAAUAUUUCCCGAUGUGGCACUUAUGAACCACAGUUGUUGCCCCAAUGUGAUUGUUACCUAUAAAGGGACAGUGGCCGAAGUCAGAGCAGUUCAAGAGAUUGAAACAGGCGAUGAGAUUUUUACCAGUUACAUUGACUUAUUGUAUCCAACAGAAGAUAGGAAUGAUCGAUUAAAAGAUUCCUAUUUCUUUACCUGUGAUUGCAGGGAAUGUUUUACUAAAGAAAAGGACAAAGAUAAACUGGAAAUCCGUAAACUGAAUGAGCCUCUGUCAACGGAGGCUGUGCGAGAUAUGAUCAGAUAUGCCAGAAAUGUGAUCGAGGAAUUCAGGAGGGCCAAACAUUACAAAUCCCCAGGUGAACUGCAGGAGAUUUGUGAGCUCAGUCUGGACAAGUUGGGUUCUGUGUUUGCAGAGAGUAAUGUUUACAUGUUGCAUAUGAUGUACCAGGCCAUGGGAGUUUGUCUGUACAUACAAGACUGGGAAGGUGCUUUGCGCUAUGGGCAGAAGAUUAUUAAGCCAUAUAGUAAGCACUAUCCUUCUUACUCCCUCAAUGUGGCAUCCAUGUGGCUGAAGCUGGGAAGACUUUAUAUGGGCUUGGAAAACAGAUCAGCUGGUGUUAAGGCUCUCAAAAAGAUGCAAAGUGUUUUUCAAACGUCAUUGCAGGAAGUGGGAUGGACAGCAUUGAAACUAAAACUGCCAGGACGAUUGAAUAAUCCUAGUCUCAAAUGGAACUUUCUCUGCUGGUUACCUAGUUACUCAUUGGCUUGUCUGAGUGACAGAAAUUAUCACGGGACCUUAAUUGACCCUGACUGAGCUUUAAAAAGUUCAGCAGGUUCAGACCCAGAUUAUUCUUACAUGGGAGAUGACCAGGAAGUCCCAAGACUGGAAACCACACUGGAAAGUCCCAAAAAUUGUUGAAUUUUAUCUACAACAUAAAAUAGAGAACACAAAGCAUUAUCUAAAAGAAUUUCUGUGCCGUUUCUAGAAACCUGUAUAGUUGUCAGUAACAAGAAGUCAAGCAUGACUCAAGGACUGUAUCUUUUAAAUAAUGAAUGGGUUAGCACUCAUAGAGGACAUAUUUGAAUAUUAUUUCUACAUGUCUAAAAGUGCCUAAACAAUUUGGACCAUUUUCCUUUUUAAAAAAGUGUGAGACCAGAAGAGUGGAAAGUAUCUAGUGCCAAUAGUAUUUUUGAUGAAUCAAAGUGUGAACGUCCUCUUCUCUUCCUGGAUUUGAAACAAGGUAAUGCUUGUCACUUACUAAUUCUUCUUUUUCUCUCUUGAAAGCUAUGCAUCUUCCCGCUCUAACCAGCAGCAUCUGCAGAUACCUGUAUAGUUAUUAUAUGGUAUCAUUUCCAUAGUGCCUUCCCCUUCUUAUUUGGAAAACGCUAACUUAUUCCCUCACCAUUUUUAAACUUUAAAAAUGAUUAGAAACAGCAUGCUAAUUCAUCUUCGAAUAUGGUAUAUGAAUGCCUUUUCAUUUUGUAAUUUGUAGAUGCUUGUUAUGUACGUUAAAAAUAAAGUAUCUUCUUGGACGUGACUGACUGUGUUAUUCUUUGAAGUGGUUAUUUAUUACUUUUGCUGAAACUCAGUAAAUUUUUGCAAGUUUUUCUUAUGCUAGCUGUCUAGAGAAGGCGUGGGAACAUGUAACAAAUCAG